UUGGACCACCCCAUGUAUGUAAACAUUGCAGACAUAGAGGUGUGUGUGAUCCAACCUUCGGCUAUUCACAUGUAUGGCUGAGUCAUCAGAGGCUGAUCAGAAGUUUGGACAGGUGAGGGUUGGACAUCUAUCCAGGUCAACCAAAUUUUAUACUGGAGUUGGUGAUACAAAAACACUAUACUCAAGGAGUUCUUUGGACAAUUCGGUACGUCUUUGGACUUGUGGGGUAUGGGUCCGCCCACCCCCUUGUGGAACCUCUCUAAGUCGCCAAGGAUAUCCCUUACCGAUGGUGGGAGAAGAAGAUGCCAAAGCUUUGCGUGAAAAUGCGGCCUUAGCGGGCAAGGUGCACGGUCACGUGGCGAAGUUCCUGCCGGGUGUGACGCUGGAGGAGGUGUUGGAUGCCUUGGAUCGAGGAAGACACGAAGGAGGACUGGGUACCUUCUGGGUGCUGGACCCCAUCGAUGGCACCAAAGGCUUUCUGCGGAAGGCGCAGUAUGCGAUCUGCCUUUGUCUGGUGAAGGAUGGUGACAUCCUGGUCUCUGCGCUGGGAUGCCCCAACCUACCAGUGUCCUUCGCCGAUCCGGAGAGUCCCAUCGGCUGCGUUUUCCACGCCGCGAAGGGCCUCGGCUGUGUGCAGCUGAACCUUCACGACGGGGCGGAACACGCCGUCCGUGUGGACGCUCUGAGGGGCGCGGAUGCCACGUACGUUGAAUCGUACGAGUCGGCGCAUUCCAGCCACAGCCAACACGCCCAGAUCGCCGAACGCUUGAAGCUUGGGCCGCCUCGGCGCAUGGACAGCCAGUGCAAAUUUGGAGUCUUGGCGCGGGGCGAAGCCUCACUCUAUUUGCGGCUCUCCGAUCGUGAUCAAUCCAUUUGGGACAUCGCGCCGGGCGCCAUGGUCGUACAGGAAGCCGGAGGGCAGGUGACGGAUGUGCGUGGCCGGCCCUUAUCCUUCUCAGCUGGUCGCACCGUAGGGGUCCCAGCACUCUUUGCCUCGAAUGGCAUGAUGCAUGAGGAAGUCCUUAAAGCCAUUGCCGGAAUGGACUCCUAGAUGCGGAUGUGCCGCGGAUGUGUGAAAUUUACGACGCUUUCUUUUGGCAGAGGCAAGCGAUAGGCAAUCUCAGGUUGCCAAGUUGGGCAUGUCACGUCCACAUUGAGGAAUUUUUCGGGCCGUGUUGCGAGGCUCAAUUGGUCUCGCGGCUCAGUAUGGAAUCAAUUUGGUGCUGAUCAACUCUGAUGCA